AAUAUGGUGAAGAUUGUCAAUAUUUGCCCUCCAAAGGAGGGGCCUUGCCAAAGGUACACAGUGACUAUAAAAGGUGUGACCGGCAGCACGUCAGGUUCACCAAACCCUGGAGCUGCCACUACCAGACAUGAAGCUCUUCUCACUUUUCCUCUUCUUUGUAGGACUGGCCCUCACCAGCUGCAACGUGCUCCAGUUUGGAGCGAUGAUUAAGCACGAGACCGGGAAAUCUCUGCUGUCUUGCAAUGGUUACGGCUGUUAUUGCGGCUUGGGGGGAUCCAAAAAGCCCCUGGAUGCCACCGACAGGUGCUGCCAUGCCCACAAUUGCUGCUAUGAGAAGUUGGCUUCCUCACACUGCAGUCCCAAAGUGGUCACCUACAAAUACUUCCUCCGGGGAAGCCGAAUAACCUGCAGAACCGGGAACCAGUGCCAAACAGCGACCUGUGCAUGCGACAAGAAGGCAGCUGAGUGUUUCCAGAGGGCAGCUGGGACCUACCACAAUUCUUACAAGAAUUAUCCCAACUUUAAGUGCAAGGGCCGAGCACCCUCCUGCUAA